UAUUCUUGGAAACGCUACCUUAGCCCUACAGUAUAUAUAAACCAAUAAACUGAAGAAAUGAAUCUGCGGCUUAGACGAUUGACUUCAAGAUAGGUGAAAGAAUUCGUCUUUGAGCUAAAUAAAAUAAAAUAGUCUGGAACAGAAAGUGUAAUGCGUUAGGCUAUUUAAAGGUAACCUUUCUGAACCGACAACUAACCUCCACAAAUCAAAUCUCCCAAGAUUCUUUAUUUUAUAUUUUUUUAGUCGUAACUGCAGACGAAUUCCCGACUGCUGCCUUGGAGCUGUCUCUUCAGCACCACAGUGAUGUUUUAAUUAUUCCAACUACUGCUACAGUACGUGUUGCUGCGCUGUGCUGGAGUAGAUUACAAUAAGGUUUCCCGAGACAGCUUCAGCAUAGGGAUAAGACAUAAACAGAAAGCUUCGCGCGGAUCCUGAUGUAAAACAAAUAACAAAACUGGCACCAGAACAAAAAAGAGCUUGGAGACUACAAUCUAAAAAAGAAAAUAAAUCUGCUGGACUAAAUGGAGGUAAACAGCUUGCUGCUUCCCACCACACAGUAAAUAACUUAUUGCAGACAGUUUCCUGUGUAUCUGAAUUCUUCAUUUCAGCAUGACAGGUCAGAGUCUGGAAGACCCAUCAGAAGUCAAUUUGGAAAACAAUGAAAUAAGCAUAAAUGUGGGAGGCUUUAAGAAAAAGCUAAGGUGGAACACCCUGUCCCGAUUUCCCGAAACAAGGCUGGCCAGGCUACUGAGCUGCCAGUCCAAAGAGUCUAUACUAGAAUUGUGUGAUGAUUAUGAUGACACAGAAAAGGAGUUUUACUUUGACAGAAACCCCACCCUGUUCCCUUAUGUUUUAAAUUUUUACAACACCGGCAGGCUUCAUGUGAUGGCAGAGCUCUGCAUUUUCUCUUUCAGCCAAGAGAUAGAAUACUGGGGCAUAAACGAGUUCUUCAUCGACUCCUGCUGCAGCACCAUGUACCAUGGAAGAAAAAUAGAGCCAGAACAAGAAGACUGGGAUGACAAAAGUGAAGACGAGAGCACCACCUCUUCCUUCAAUGAAAUCCUUGGCUUCUACAACAAUGCUUCUAAGUUUGAUAAUCAGCCCCUGGGGAAUGUCAGAAGGAGGAUCUGGUUAAUGCUGGACAACCCUGGCUAUUCUAUUCCAAGUAGGAUAUUCAGUUUCCUUUCAAUAUUGGUGGUCCUGGGGUCUAUAGUUACCAUGUGUUUGAACAGUAUGUCUGACUUUCAGAAAUUUGACAGUGAAGGGAAACCAGUAGAGGACCCCAUGUUUGAAAUGGUGGAGCACUUUGGAAUUGGGUGGUUCACUUUUGAGUUGGUGGCAAGGUUCACAGUUGCACCAGAUCUCCUCAGAUUCUUUGAACACCCUUUAAAUCUCAUAGACCUGAUGUCAAUCUUACCUUUUUAUCUGACUCUCUUCAUCAACCUGGUGGUAGAGAGCAGCCCGGCUCUUGCAAAUCUUGGACGUGUGGCUCAGGUUCUAAGACUCACAAGGAUCUUCCGGAUCUUGAAACUUGCUAGACAUUCAACAGGGCUCAGAUCCCUUGGAGCCACCCUCAAGAACAGUUACAAAGAGGUUGGCCUCCUUUUGCUGUAUUUGUCUGUCGGGGUCUCCUUUUUCUCAGUGGUGGCCUACACCAUUGAAAAAGAUGAAAACUAUGGACUGACCACCAUCCCUGCCUGCUGGUGGUGGGCCACGGUCAGCAUGACCACAGUGGGCUAUGGAGAUGUGGUCCCAGGAUCCAUAGCAGGCAAGCUAACCGCAUCUGCCUGCAUAUUAGCAGGGAUCCUGGUGGUAGUGCUUCCCAUCACGCUUAUUUUCAACAAGUUUUCCCACUUCUACAAAAGACAAAAGCAACUGGAGUCUGCAAUGAGGAGCUGCGACUUUGACGAGGGAAUAAAGGAGGUGCCUUCUAUUAAUCUGAGGAACUAUUACGCACACAAGGUGAAAUCCUUAAUGGAAAGCCUUUCAAAUAUGAGCCGGAUUUCACCCAGUCAACAGAGCCUUAACAAUUCAAUACUCUGAAGGUGACCAAAGCAAAGGUCGGUGUAAGAGGUAGUGUACUUCGCUUCCUAACAUUUCAUUAAAAAAAAAAAAAAAAAACUGAAACUAGUAUUUCAUGUUCUCUUGGAAAGAUUGCAUAGAUUUACCCAACUAAAAGGCAUCAGCAAAUUGGAAUACAUUUUUUACUGUUGAAAAACGACAUGAGGAACAUCUCCAAAUGCACCAAUGAGUGGCUGCUACAUAGUUAUAAAUGAUAUUAUAAUCUUUUGGAACCAAUGUAAAUGUUUGUUUUAUGUUUUGACAGUAUAAAGAAAUAGCAUGGACCAUUCUGUAUUGACAAUGGACUGUAGAAAGACGGCUAGCUCAGUAACUUCUUGUUCAAGCACAUUAAAAUGACAAAAUGGUAUAUCUGAAGUAAAUGUGCAGUAUUUUAUAUCCAGCUCAUGAAGUCUAUUAUUCACCUAAUUUAAAAAAAAAAAAAAAAAAAAAAAACACCUGUGUAUAGAAAAAGAAGUGAGCCAAUACAGAAGAAUAUUAUUGCAUAUUAAAAAACUUGGGGCUUGUCCUCUUGGAGUUGCCAGCAACAGAUGAUGUGUUGAAUCAAAUGUACGAGCAACAUGUUCUUUUACAAAGCAGCUAAAAACUGGUUAAUUUUGUGUUAGUUUUACCAUUAUAAAAGUUUACUGUAGUAAAAGCACAGCAAAUGUGAUAAAGAAUGUGAAAGCAUGGUAAAAUAUAAGUAAGCAUUGCAAAGCCCAGAGCAGUAUGGUAAAGCAAAUUAAGAAAAACAUGCAUAGUACACCCAUGGAAAAACUGCAAAAGAAAGCUCCAUGCAAAAAUACCAUGGUUUAAAAAAAAAAAUUAAAAAAAAAAAAAGUAUGGCCUUUGCUCCAUAAAAGUAACUAACAGGUUGGUAAUUAUUUUUUGUGUUGGUAUUUUCAGUGUGCUAGUAUUUCACAUGUGUGAUUCACUGCCCUGAAAACAAAGCUUUCAAGUUACUUUGUAUAACAGUGUACUGCAUUAACAGCUUGCUGGCUCAUAAUGAUACGCAGCAGUUGUAUUAAAUCCAGAUCAUUUGUAGUACAGAACACCUGUGGGUUAAGAUGGGUUACUUCAACCCAUUCCAUAAAAACAGUCAAGAUAAAAGGUAUUUUUCAACAAAAUUUAAAAGCUUGUCAAGAUUCAGAUCAGUGGGGGCUCCCAACUGGCGCAUCCAUUAAAGCCACUCCCCGUGGAGUGCAGGAUGUACCCUAUAGCCUGGGGAUCGCUGGUUCAAGUCCAGGUUA